AUGGCACUUUCCAAUUGCAGUAUUGAUGAGUUUGGUGCGCGAUAUCGGGAGAGAAGAAGAUACCAGAUGAUGAAGUUUUUUGGCUUCUCUAUAAUGACUCUGCUGCUCUGCAGGGUUAGUAUCAACAAGGUUAAAGCCAGUGUAGUUAAGCCAAGUUACUUUGAGUUGAAUUACUCGACAGUGGCUGGACCGGGGGACCUGAGGAAGAAUCUCUUGAGUUCCAUGCUGUUAGCGUCGGGAAUUACAGUUGGUGUGUUUGGGAUGCUUGUGAAUGGGAGCUGUUGGACGUGGGAUAUUUCGAACUUAACAGAGUUUCGCAAAUACAAAGGUAUAGCCAGCUCGUUGGAGGACAAUGGGACGAGCCCCAUCAAGAGGUUUACCAACCUGCCUUUAGUCAACGAGGAGAUGCAAGAGGUGUAUGAUGCUGUGGACCGCGCUCUACAGAAGCUCUGA